GAGUCCUCAGGACACUAACGUAAACAAUAAACAAUAUUAAUUUGGUAUGUUCAGUAUAAAUAAUUUGCCAUGUUGAUAAGUUUAUUUUUCGCAUGUAAGCAUAGGUAUGUAUAUCGAAAAAGUUGUAGUUUUAAUCCUCUCGGGAAAUUUAUUUUGAAAUGAGACACUUAAAAUUGCGUGGUUGUGUUAAUAGGCAUUAAUCGGCUACUGGAGUAACUAAACAUCACAAAGUAAAUGCCCCCACUUUGGAGACAUGAGCUACACUUAGCUCAAUUGUGUAUUAUAAUAACUAUCCCAACCCUGACGCUGGAACGCAUUACUACUUCUCCUCAGAGAUAGUAAAGGUAGUAAAUAGGCAAGUGCCUACGUCCUACCACCAGAAGAAUACUACCACCGUUUCAGUGAAUGUGAGUACAAAUUCUCUAUCAAGGCUAGAGAUGUGUUGAGACUUCGUACUUAUGUUUAGUAGAGUGCUCUAUAAAACAUCAUUUGCGUUUCCACAUUUAAAUGCCAAAUGAAUAUAAGCAAAAAGAAAAUGAAAUGAAAUUAUGAAGAAAGGUAGGAAAAUUCACAAAUAAAAGAAUAACAGACAUAAUAAAAAAGUAAUUAUAAUGUAAUCGAUAACGUGACACAGAAAAACUAUUAAUUAAAUUAGUAUUAGUUUUAUUACUUAUUCGUGGCUGACGGUGAUCUAGGGUAAUGUUUAAUGUUCAGAAACUAUUAAAUUCCGCAUAGUUAAUGGGAACGUGCCCCAAGUAUGAACCAGAAGUGUUUAUUUUUUUAUUUUUUUUUAUUAUUAAUUAUGAUGGUGAGUGGUUACCGUCCUCUAUGGACUUCAGCAAUGCCAGGGGCAGAGCCAAGGCGCUGCCUACCGUUAAGUACUCUCCGUAAGCCUCGUUUGAAGAAGGACAUGUCAUAGCGUUCGGGAAGCACCGUGGAGGAGAAGCUCAUUCCAAAGCCGGAUGAUACGUGGAAAAAAGAUCUCUGGAAACGCAGUGACUCCAGGUAGUAUGGAUGAACUCUACUCCGGUGGCGGGUGGUAAAUGCGGUGAGAUAAUGGCCUCAUUUCAAUCAAUUCAUCGAGCACUCCCCCAUUGAAUUGAACCACGUUCAAUUCACUCCACUCGGAGACUUGCCACAGAGAGUUCUCCUCUUCAGUCACAAGUUUUGAUCGUCUUUCCUGCACCACGCUCCGAGAGAGAUUUUGAUGGCUGACAUAUCGCGUAUCCCCCGUGCUGCCAUUUACAUAGCAAUGCAUGUUAUCAAUAGAUAGCAUGUCAUUGAUAUACAGGAUGAAAAACGUGGCGGAGAGCACCGAGCCUUGUGGAACGCCAGCGUUAAUGGUCAUGGUAUCGGAGCAGCAACUGUCUAGAACGACUGUGAUGCUCCAUCCAUCCAAAAAGCUAGUGAUCCGCUUGCAGACUCCCUCGGCGAUUUCGUAAGAUGGUAACUUCGAUAGAAGUGCCCUAUGCCAGACUCUUUCGAAGGUCUUUGCGAUAUCAAGGCUUACAGCGAAAGCCUCGCCCUUGCUCUCCAAAGUUUCAGUCCAUCUGUGAGUAAGGUAUGCAAGAGGAUCGCCAGCUGAACGACCGUGAGGGAAACCGUACUGUCGGUCAUUGAUCAACCGGCGAUCCUCAAAAUACUUCAGGAGUUGCGUAUUUAUUAUUCGCUCCAUCCCCUUGGAAAGCAAGGAAGUUAUCGCGAUAGGCCUAUAGCUCGAUGGGUCGGACCGGUCACCCUUCUUGCGGAUAGGAUGGAAAUGGGCGGUCUUCCAUGAAGACGGAAACUUGUUAAUGCAAUAAAAGAGGCGAUACAAAUGCGUUAGCGCAAGUGUCAGCUCAGGGGCGCUCGUUUUCAGAACCACUGCGGGGAUGCAAUCUGGCCCACUCGACUUAUGUGUGUCCAGAGCCCGGAGUUCUCGCCUGACUGCACACCAUGUGAAGAAGAUCUCCGGUAGAGAGCUAUAGCACCGAAUAAUUUUCGGUGAUGUGGAACCCCCGUCGUCCAUAGUCGAGUUUGAGGCGAAGAGUAUGGUGAUUCCCUCUUUCAAAAAGGUGACAAUACCCGAAAUCUGAACUCAGAACAACUCACUUCUGAGCGAUGUAUAUAGGUUAUUCUCGAGAGUUUAUGAACCGGCUCAAUGAUACGCAACGAUACAAGCGUAAUGAUGAUCGGCGAGUGUUCCAUUAGUACAGUAAAUGACGGUACCGCCAUCGCGAGGGAUGAGUCUGUCAUUCCUAACCAUGUUAUAGUCCGCGAUUAUAGGGUAAGCGGACUUAAGGAGGGUCUCCUGCUCUAAUAAAAUGUCAAUUUGGUGGUCACGCAAAAAAUCACGUUGAUUUGCGAGACCGUACGCGUUAAAAAAACCUAUUGUUACAGAUAGGUCUUUCAUUCUACUUAUGUACGCCACUGAUUACCGGCGGAGUGAGGGGAGGACGUACAUACGUAUUUAAAGACGCGCGAUGUACGACCAGCCCAUACCGUGGGCCCCGAAGGUCAAAUAUUUAGGCGUCACCCUCGACAGAAGGAUGACAUUCCACCCUCAUAUUAAGACGGUACGCGACCGUGCCGCCUUCAUUCUAGAACGUCUUUACCCGGUGAUAUGCGGCGAAGUAAAAUGUCCCUUAGAAAUAAGGUGACACUCUACAAAACUUGCAUACGCCCUGUCAUGACCUAUGCAAGUGUAGUGUUCGCUCACGCGGCCCGCACUCACUUAAAAUCAUUUCAAAUUAUCCAAUCCCGUUUUUGCAGGAUAGCCGUCGGAGCCCCGUGGUUCGUCAGGAACGUCGACCUCCAUGACGACCUGGACUUAGAGUCCACCAGUAAGUAUAUGCAGUCGGCGUCGAUGCGCCACUUCGAUAAAGCGGCACGACACGAGAACCCUGUCAUCGUGGCCGCCGGUAACUACAUUCCCGAUCCUGCGGAAAGAAUGGAAAGCAGUCGACGUCGCCCAAAACACGUCAUCCCGGAUCCUCCCGAUCCACUAACGGUGCUUCUAUGUACUUCAAGCACCGGUCACCGUACUCGUCGAACCCGUCGCUUGCGACGAAGGGCUCGAAGAGUAAAUUAACUCUCAGACACAGCCCACUGAGUUUCUCGCCGGAUCUUCUUAGUGGGUCGCGUUUCCGAUCAGGUGGUAGAUUCUGCGAAGCACGGCUCUUGCCAGGGUUCGUGUUAGCAACGUCGUUAGGUUUGAGCCCCGUGAGCUCACCUACUAGUUAAGGUUACGCUGGAAUAGCCUCUCAAGGAUACCAGCUUAGGUAGGAAAAAAAAAUUUAAGACGCGUAUACGUCGGCGUAUUCUAGCACAGCUGCGAUGAAGUAUUGUGCAGUGGAGGCACUGCAGAUGACGUCGCUCAAACCGUUAACUCGCUCAAAGCCGAUUGAAGUAACUCUGCACUUUGAUUAAUAACAAUAAAUAAUUUGUCUUCUAUAGAAACUUAACAAGUGUCAAAAACAGUAAAUCGCUGUCUAAAGAACUGUUGAUGUGACUACACAAUCCCAAUUAUUGUUUUAGAAUCAUCGCAUUAUCCAAAAUCUGUUACAAGUCUGUUUGUUGUGUCUAAAUAUUAUAAUAGUUAAACAUUUUUCUCCGCGGCUGUACCGCCUGUAAGCUGUCUUAUAAAUAUACAACUUAACAAUAAAGUAAUGAAGGUUUCAUCAUUUCCGUCUGAACUGUAGUCAUGAAAACUAUUCUUCAUUUUUUAUUUAUUGUAAUUUUAUUUUGUUUCUGUGCGAUACAUUUAGUGUCUGCGAAGAAAAAUAUUAGUACUAAAAAUGAACUAGGGGAAUCAAGUUUCAAGUAUAUUUUUAAUUUGCUUCAAGACAUUACUGUUGGUAAACGAAUUGAUACAUUAAGUACUGGAGUGAAAUUUACGGAUAUCAUACAAGAUUUAAAAAAUGAAACAUUGCAGAAUAUUUUAUUAUUAAACUCAGAUUUGCAGAAUGAAGAUAUUUAUUUGAACGCUACUCAAUUAAUACGAAAAAAUGGAUAUCAGGUAGAAGAAUACGAGGUGGAGACUGAAGAUGGAUAUUUAUUAUUACUGGUGAGAAUACGUGGUUCCGGACCUACGGUCUUUUUAAUGCAUGGUAUUCUGCUAAGUUCGGAUGAUUGGGUAACAGCCGGGACCGACAUUGGCAUUGGCUACUUGCUCGCAGCGGAGGGUUUCGACGUAUGGAUGGGUAAUGCACGCGGCAAUAAACAUUCCAGAAAACAUAGAACUUUAUCACCAGACACCGCUGAGUUUUGGAAUUUUAGUUACUACGAAAUUGGGAUCUAUGAUUUGCCAGCGAUGAUAGAUUAUACACUCGCUGUGACAAAGCAAGAAAAACUAAUAUACGUGGGGCAUUCACAAGGAACGACUACUUUUUUCGUUAUGGCUUCCGAGAGACAAGAGUACAAUUCCAAAAUUUCUGUUAUGAUAGCCUUAGCACCUAUUGGAGCGCCCGCGCAUGUUAAAAGUCUAGUUCUCUUACUUAUAAGAGUGAUAACAUUGGAUUACCCGCAAAUAUUUUUUGGAGGAGCAAGAUCGAUUGGUAUACAGGAAAUAUUUCCUAGCAAUGUACUUACUCGUGCCUUCACAACGUUAGUUUGCAGUCAGUUAAUUUUCCAAAAAACCAUCUGUAGAUCUAUUAUUGAGGCUCUUGUUGGGUAUGACGAGUCGCAGGUAUUUUAUCCAUCACUUUCUACUGUUUACGCUCAUAUACCUUCAGGAUCUUCGACUAAGCAAUUUGAACAUUUUGGACAGGGUGUUUCAAGCCGCCACUUUGCAAAGUUUGACUACGGAAAAGUAGAAAACUUUAGGUUAUACUCGAGGAGUACUCCACCUGAAUAUCCUUUACAAAAUAUAACAACGCCGAUUGCGUUUUUUUAUGGACUAAGCGACUUAUUUGCACCCCCAGAAGACGUCCUACACUUACAACGUCAACUACCCAACAUAAUAGAAACCUAUGAAGUACCGUUUAAAAAAUUUAGUCAUUUAGACUUUGUAUAUGCAAAGGAUCUCGAGAAGCUUGUUUUUGCCAGAAUGCUGGAGAUAAUAAUCUUAUAUGUGUAAUGUUUUUUUUAGUAUUAUUAAAUAAUUUUUGCAAUUUAAAAUCAACUUUAAUUUAUUGGGCAGGAGGAGGAAAAUAGUGGAAUCUCAUCUAAGACGAUGAAGGUAAUUUUGGAGAUUCCACCGUUACAAGCCGUCCACAGCAUAAGAUAAAGUAAGCGGAUAUUAUCUAUAGCAUCGUGGAGAACAGCCAGUCCGAAUAUUUUAUGAGUUAAGUUAGUAUCUCGGUCAUGCUCGGCCAUCAUACAUAAUAUUUUAUUUUAUGUAAUAAAAUUGUGGUAUUUAACACAAAAAAAGAAAA